GCAAAAUUAGAGAGGUUUAGCAAAAUACAUAGUCAAACUUGAAAUAGAGUUUUAAUCAACACAACUCGAUCGUUAAAAACGUAUUUAUCGAUGGGGAUGGCUUGACCUUGACCAAAUUAAUACAAACCAUAAUCAACAAACAGAGGUUGAUUAUUCGGAGAAUUAAACUUGGGAUUGAAGUAUUGAGCAAGGAAGAUGCAGAAGCCAUGGUUAGAGAAGGAGACCUUGAUGGAGAUGGAGCUCUUAACCAAACCGAGUUCUGUGUUCUCAUGGUUCGGUUAAUCCCCCAGAUGAUGGAAGAUGCUGAAACUUGGCUGGAGGAAGCAAUCAGCCAAGAACUCUGCAAUAUACAAUCACUCUUCUCUGCCUUGAUGACAAAGAACCUUUUUCUUGUGUUCUUCUAA